AUGCUCUUAUCAGUAUUUCUCGCGCUAUUCCUGCCUUGUGCAGGCAUGAGUGCCGUGUUCCUGGUAUACAUAUGUUUGCUAUGGUACGCCGCAAGCACAAACAGCACAAAUCAGGAGUUCAGGCUAGCUGAAAAACCAGCUUCUCACAAGGGCUUGUCUGCUGCGGAGCUGGAGAAGCUUCCGAAAAUGACCGGGAAAGACCUGGUCAUGGGGAACGAAUGCGCGGUUUGUUUAGAUAAUAUCGAGGAUGAUCAUGAGGCGCGGCUAGUCCCGGGCUGUAAUCAUGGAUUUCAUAUACAAUGUGCUGAUACAUGGCUGUCGAAAAACUCUGUUUGCCCUGUCUGCAGGGGAAAGCUUGAGCCCCAAUUCUUCGAGUCUUCAGAAGCCAGUCCAUGCUGA